AUGAGCUCCAGCGAGCCCACCCAACGAGGCGUCCGCUUCACGGAGCCCGAGCAUGACAAGAGCCAGCCCUCCGCACCCGACGACAGUCUAGCAGCCGCUGCUCCUGCUGACCCGACCAUGGACGCACCUGACCUGCCGCGCCACGACUCGUCGACCUCGGGCUCAGGCUCGAGCGGCGAGUCGGAUCCAGAGCGCGCACUCGGCGAGCGCAUCGCCUACGACGACGACGACGUCGACGGCCAGUACGAGUUUGCUCCUGCCGUGUCGACCACCCCGCGCGAUGAGGUCCCGCCCAUGGCUGGUGCCGCCCCGUACGGCUACGCUUCUCGCUCGCGAGGAGGCAGCGGCGGCGCCCCGAACGGCGUGGGAGUGUACGAUGCCGCGCCGAAUGCCCAGCUCCAGCCGCCCGCCAUGAACAGCGCCCGCCCGCCUCGCCCGUCGGCCGUCCGUACCCCGUCCAAUGCAUAUGCCCCUCAGCGGCGUCCCCAGCAGUAUUCGCUGGGCAGCAACGGCGCCCGCCACCGUGCCUCGUCGACGAACCGCGGCAGCCGCCGCAACCCGAAUGCCGAGUACCGCGCGCAAGAGAAGGCCUAUGUUGAGCGGAUACGGCAGGACGCGCCGGACAACGACGAUUUCUUCAAUCCCGACCUGCGCACGCCCAGCCUAGGCUACAGCACCGAGGACUCGGAGACGGACGACGAGUCGCCGUCCACCACCGACUACCUCGAGAACGACCCCUAUGACCAGGAGACUCUGCUGUACUAUGGCAACGACGACCUCGAGCCGUCGGUGGAGGAGCUCAAGAUCCCCGAGAACAGGGAAAGGCUGGAGUGGCAUUCCAUGCUGGCCAGCGUUUUGACGGGCGAUGUCGUCAAGCAGGAGAAAAAGCGUCUCAUCGGCGGCGGCGAGCAGCAGGGAGACAAUACAAUCAAGACCGAGAUCUGGAUGGGUGUUCGUGCCAAGUGUUGUGGACGCACUCUGCAGGCCCAACGGCGGCUCAUCGACGACGGCCGAUCGAAGGCCAAGACCCUGAUUGAGGGAAUCAUCACCUUCGAAAUCAAGGGAGAGGCUGAGGUCGGUCAGACGGCUGCACAGCAGGUUGCAGAUAUGGUCCAGAAGAUUGGGAAGUGCGAAAGCCUUUAUCCUACCUGGGAAGCACUGGAGCACGCUCAGCCUCGUGCAGCCUCGGCAGCCUUCCGUGAAAGUUGCGAUGCUGUCAUCUCGUGGCACAACACCACCCAGCUCAUCAACACGGAACUUUCAAUUCUGAGGAGCUGGGUUGGCAAUGAUGAACUGGACUUCUCGAAGAGGAGGGACCGCAUGGAGAGAGACAACCACCUCACUGACGACUCCUCCUUCAUUGACCGGAUCCUGAAGGAGGAUGGCCUGAAGUCUCUUCAGAGCAAAGACAGUCUUCUAGUUGGCUUGAAUAACGUGAUCAACAAGGCGAAAGCCACGUUGAUCGCCAAUGCAAGUGCCUUCCAGGAACGUCAUCUUCCCCCCUAUAUCGAGGAACUUCUUACCCUGAUCAACUUCCCAUCACGCCUGGUGCAGGAGAUUAUCCGCAUGCGCCUGUCCUACGCUAAGCGCAUGAAGGAUCCCGCGCAGCAAGGUGUGAUGAUGGCUGAGCAGAUGAUUGCUCAGUUCCAGAUCCUGCUCAAGUUGGCCAUCAGGAUCAAGGAGUCAUACACCGUGGUCUCGCAAUCCGAGCCUGGUUGGGAUCCUCCGCCGUGCAUAGAAGAAAAUUUCGAUGCCGUCGUACUGGACGCGCUCAAGUUCUACUUCAAGAUGCUAAACUGGAAGCUUUCUGCAAACAAGAACACUUUUAAGGAAGCCGAAAUCCUGGAGCAGGAGUGGGAGUUUUCCAAGACCCUUGGAAAACACCUGGAAGGUGGCGACGUGGAAGUUGCCGAGCAGUUCAGUUACUUGACGCAAAAGUCUCUCUCUCGCCUCACUGCACAUUUCGAAAAGGAACUGCAAAGACGUCCAGAGGAGGUUGCUGGAGCCGAGAUGGAUAAACGUUACAAGCAGAUCCUUGAUUCCGUUCGUGUCCGUCAAAGGAAACUGUUCCGAUUCUCUAGGAUCCUGACCACACGGUUCGAGAACUCCACCGAGUACAACAUCAGCCUUGUUCCCGAACAGGUGCAGGAUCUUUUCGAAGCUCUUGAAAUGAGCGGACACUUUCUUGUGGAAACACAGACAACAGACAACAAGGGCUUGUACCUCAUUGCUUCCCCCGUUUUGUUGGACCGACCACAGGACAUCCAGUCUCUCCUUGGAACUUGCUACCACACGGAGGAAGUUACGGAAGAUCCAACCAAUCCCUACUUGUUGAUUCUUAGGCCAGAAGACCCUCUGCGCUGGCACGGACCUACAUCCCAGGCCCAGUUUCGGACGCCGCACCUUGAUGUGAAGAUCGGCCGCAUGAGACUCGUUGCCGAUGGCGCACAGACGCGUCUGGCUAACGCCAAUGCUACCUUCUUGCAGUCAGCUAAUGUCGAGCUGACCAAGAUCGUGGACCAAAGAGCUAAUCUGCCUCGUGUCAACGUGGAGCUGCAGCGCAUCAAGAAGGUUGCUUAUAAGCUGUCAAACACCAUCAUGGACAGUGUUGAGAUCAUCCGGAGACAAACCUUUGGCUUGGAAUGCCAAGAGCUGAUUCAAACCUGCUUCGCCUUCGCGACGGAAUUCGGACAGCGUUCCGUUUACUACAUGGACUUCAAUCGUCGCGCUCUAAACAACCUCAAACUUACCAGGCUUGCCCUUGACUGGGUAAGCUUCAUUUGUGAUGACUGUAUUGCGUCUGAUCGGAAGACGUUCAGAUGGGCUGUGGUGGCACUCGAGUUUGCUAUGAUGAUGACGCGAGGCCAGAACAUCCUGUCGCUAAAUGAGGAGGAGUACGCUCGGCUGCGUGCGAAGGUUGCUGGGUGUAUGUCUCUUCUGAUUUCUCAUUUCGAUAUCAUGGGAGCGAGAUCGACCAUGGCGGCCCAGGCUGAGAAGCAACGCAUCGAUGCGAUGUUGGGCAAGAAGCAACUGGACAUCAGUCGCUUGAAGAAUGAUGAGGAGUCAGCAGAACUUGUCCGUGAGGGAUGGCUCGAGCAGCUUGCGGAGAUCGACGAGAUACGGAAGGUCAAGGAGGCAGAACGACAGGCUCUUGGCCGCGUCCUGGAGGACUCGAAUGAGGCCGAUCGCGCUCUUACGUACCUGUCUUCCUCGGCAACCAACGUUACCCUCAGAUGGCAGCAAGGCCAGUUCAUUGGCGGUGGUACCUUUGGAUCGGUCUACGCAGCGAUCAACCUCGACUCUAACCACCUGAUGGCCGUCAAGGAGAUCCGUCUUCAGGACCCCCAGCUCAUCCCGACGAUUGUAUCCCAGAUCCGCGAUGAGAUGGGUGUCUUGCAGAUGCUCGACCAUCCGAACAUCGUGUCUUACUACGGCAUCGAGCCUCACCGUGACAAGGUCUACAUCUUCAUGGAAUACUGCUCUGGGGGCUCUCUUGCAGGCCUCUUGGAGCAUGGCCGUAUCGAGGAUGAGACUGUUAUCAUGGUCUACGCUUUGCAGAUGUUGGAGGGCCUGGCUUAUCUCCACGAGAGCAGCGUUGUGCAUCGCGACAUAAAGCCAGAGAAUAUUCUCCUCGAUCACAACGGCGUCAUCAAAUUUGUCGACUUCGGAGCGGCCAAGGUCAUCGCCAAGCAGGGCAAAACGUUGGCUGCGGAGCACGCGGCGACACGUCAAGGCAGGCAGAAGUCGAUGACGGGCACGCCCAUGUACAUGUCGCCCGAAGUCAUCAAGGGCGAGAACAAGGGACGCCUGGGUGCCGUCGACAUCUGGUCUCUUGGGUGUGUCAUUCUCGAGAUGGCCACUGGACGACGACCAUGGGCUAGCCUGGACAACGAAUGGGCGAUCAUGUACAACAUCGCCCAAGGCAACCCUCCUCAGCUGCCAACGGGAGAUCAGCUGAGCGAUCAGGGAAUCGACUUCCUCAAGGCAUGCUUCGAACGCGACCCUGGCAAAAGAGCCACGGCGGCGGAGUUGCUGCAGCACUCGUGGAUUAUGAUCCUGCGGAGCCAGCUUUCUCUGGAGCCGCAGACACCGCAAACUCCGCUCAGCGAGACGUCAUCGGGAUCCGGAAGCUUGCAUGCGUCACGGCAGAAUACCAUGUACUAA